CAGUAAGAAUGUUACACCUAGACCAUACAGAUACUGCUACAGAAGACUAUGAAGAACAGACGAAAUCGAUUCAGUUGGAUCGUCCAGCUAGAGAACUUUUAAUCUGGUCAAUUCUGGUCGGUAAACUACGUAUGGCUGAAUUAUUUUGGACAAUGGAAAAAGAACCUAUAGCAGCAGCUUUACUGGCUUCAAUACUUUUAACAUCUUUGGGGAAUAAAACAGACGACUUUACAGAUAAAGAAGAUUAUAGAAGCUUUGCAAAGAAUUUCCAAGAACGUGCAGAAGGUGUAUUGAAUGAAUGUUAUCGAGAGGAUGAACAUCGUACACAGUUGAUCAUUAAUCAUGAAUUAAUCUAUUAUGGUCGUAGUUCAGUGAUUAAAUUAGCUGCUGAAGGGCAAAGUAUUAAAUUUAUGGCACAUCCAUGCUGUCAAGAUUUUCUUACCAAUACAUGGAGUGGUAAUCUGUCAACAAAGAAUAGUGUAUUUCGGUAUUUUCUGGGAAUCGUUUGUGGUUUGACAUUACCAUUUCUAAUCCCGAAAAUCAUCCUAUCCAAACCAAAAUCUGGUCAUACAGUUGAAGGAGAGGAAUCCGUUGCUGCUUCUGAACAUCAUGCAUCUGCACAUGAUCAUAUUUCAACAUAUACAAAUGUAGAAGAUGCUGGUAAAAAAGGUGUACGUAAAACCCUUAAAGUUAGAACAUUAGAAUUUAUUUCACAGAUUCGUGAUUUCUAUAUGGCACCUGUUAUUCGUUUUGUGUAUAAUACUCUUUCUUAUAUGACAUUUCUCAUCUUGUUCAGUUAUCUUUUACUGGUGGAUUUCAGGAUCAAUAUAACAGUUGUUGAGUAUAUUGUCAUUGCAUGGGUAAUCACGCUGUUCAUAGAAGAAAUUAAACAGGUAAAAGAGAAGAAGAUUAGCUUUUCUGCUUAG